AUGCACCGCCUCGCGUAUUUGGUCAGCCUGCUGCCCGUGGUGGCUGCGCACGGCUUCGUAUCUUCGCCUCCGGCCCGUCGUCCGGGCUCCGCCUACAGAGCUACCUGCGGCGAGCAGCCGUUCUACCAGCAGAGCUCCGAUAUCAACGGCAACGUCCAGGGCAUCCAGCAGGUCGUCGGCAAGGAUAUGACGGAUGCGUGUAACCUGUGGCUCUGCAAGGGGUUUGUGCUCGACGACAACAAGGACCAGGUCCAGAGCUUCUCGCUCGGCCAGACCAUCGACUUCAAGGUCAACAUCGCGGCGCCGCACACGGGCUACGCCAACGUGUCGGUGGUCAAGACGAGCACCAACACCGUCAUCGGCGAGCCCCUGAUCGAGUUCGACAACUACGCCUCCAACAACGGCGUCGCAGCCAACAACACUGCCUUCAGCGUCAAGCUGCCCUCCAACCUUGGCGGCUCCUGCACCACCGCCGGCGACUGCGUCCUCCAGUGGUUCUGGGACGCCCCGGACAUCAACCAGACCUACGAGGCCUGCGUCGACUUCACCGUCGGCAGCGGCAGCGGCAGCGGCACUUCUGCCUCUCCGACCGAUCCCACUACCACCGCCACUCCCACCUCCGCACCCUCGACCUCCUCCUCCUCCGCCGCUGCUGCCACGACGACGACGACCUCGGCUGCUGCCCCGCCCACCUCGACCGAGGGCGCCGCGCCCACAACCACAGCCACCCCCGUUCCUAAUGAUGAGGGAGACGACGAGGAGUGCCCGGUCGACGACGACGGGGAGGAGGACAACGACGGAGAGGAUGACAACGCGGACGAGGAGUGCCCGGCCGACAACGGCGAAGACGACGAGGACGGCGAUAAAUGCAUCGCGGACGAUGAGUGA